CGUCACUGUCUCCACUCAGUGAUUUUGCCUUUUUCUUUUUCCAUAUUAACUAAUUUGCUCGAACAUGUUCCCGGAAUUCCAAAAAACAACUGAUAAGGUGAGGUUGUUUUUCCUCCAGAAGAGGGCAGAUUUCGGUUUCCGGAGGCACUCCUCCACGGCCAUGGCCAAGAACAGGAGCAGCUCCAAGGUUCAGGCUCUGUACGACCUCUGCAAGAAGACAUUCACGCCCUCGGGGACGCCGCCGCCUUCUCCUCAGGCCGCGCAGAGGCUCUGUUCUCUUCUGGACACAAUAGGCCCUGCCGACGUAGGGCUGUCAGAGAAUGUGUCAGAGGAUGAUCGGGGACUCGGUUUCUUCGGACUCAACCGGUUAGAUAGAGUGGCUCGGUGGGCCCAACCAAUAACUUACAUAGAUAUUCAUGAAUGUGAUAGCUUUACGAUGUGUAUAUUCUGCUUUCCUACUUCAGCAGUUAUACCUCUUCACGACCAUCCCGGGAUGAAUGUCUUCAGCAAGGUUCUCUAUGGGUCUCUGCAUGUGAAAGCAUAUGACUGGGUCGAGCCUCCUUGCUUUCCUAAUGAAGAUAGAUCAGUAAGAUUGGCUAAAUUGGCUGCUGAUAAAGUUCUAACUGCACCAUGCGGGACCACAGUUCUGUACCCGAAGACCGGAGGGAAUCUGCAUUGUUUCACAGCUAUCACUCCCUGUGCAGUUCUUGAUAUUCUCUCUCCUCCUUACCGAGAAGAUGCAGGCAGAAAGUGCACCUACUACCACGACUACCCUUACUUCACCUUCUCAAAUGAAGGCGAGAAGAGUGACAACAAGGAAAACUAUGCUUGGCUUUCCGAGAUAGAGACUCCUGAAGAUCUGUACAUGCGGUCAGGGAAGUACAUGGGACCUGCUGUCGAGGUUUAGCGCUCACAAAAGAUGUUUGCCAAAGAUGAGGAGAGAAGUGUCAGCAAAUUGCCGAAUUCAAGUCAGCUUUCUCCUUUACUUUUCUGGAUUGAUGCAGUGAAAUGGAAGAAUCUGAAUGUGAAUCUUGUUCUUGGCAAUGUAUAUUCUGAUUCUGAUUUUCCAAAAUAAAUCGGAGAGAGACAUAAAAUUAGCAAAAA